CAUCUAAUCACUUCCAUACAUACACUCACCGAAAAUGAAAGCGCACAAACUUUCACCGUACUCCCAGGUACACCUCCACACAUCCAGCGGCACCUCUUAAGCUCACAACUGCUACCCGCCGCACCUCGGAUCCUCUGCGGCCCUCAUCCCCUCAUCAACCACGAAUUCGCGGCCUAAUCCGCCGCCCCGACUUACUGAGGUCUACGCAAUUCCUUCAUCACAAGCCCAACCAGAUGCACAUGUGAUAAGGAAAAUGGACGCAUUCUACAACGCUUUCUCCCAACGCCAGAUUUUCUCCUUUUCGCCACUCACCUCCAACUUCACCUUCACCUUCGAACUACCCACCCUCCAUCUUAACCCGUUCCGCGAGACCCUGCGGAACCCAACCUUCACCACACAACUCCCGCGCCGCUCCAACUACGCAAUGCGCUCCGGAUACCAUCCAAGCUCCAACAGGAGCGCUUAUACGCACGCGGACCGAUCCGCCAUCUCAGACCCUCUCCCAAACACCUUCUUUCCAACGGAUCCUGACACCAUGAGCGAGGGCUGGCACGACACCUCCUUCACCAAUCCCUCCGCCAUGUACAACCCCAUCUUCGACUUCAGCGACUACCAGCCCUCCACUUUCUACUCCUCUCACCCACACCACCAUCACCCACCCAACCAGUUCCCGCUGCACAAUGACCACAUGUCCAACUCCUUCACAAACGACUCCACAGCCACGGACGAAUUCGGACUCCCUCUCCCCAGCGCCUUCUCAGACUCACCUCGCAACCGCGCACUGCGCACCGUGAGCGACAUCUUCCUUUCCACAUUCCACGAAUUCGGACUCGAUAUCCCAGGGUUUGAGUACCGAGCGGAGAGUGUGCGAGAGCGGCGCGCGUAUCACAGGGAUGCGAGGCAAGAGUUUAGUUCUAGGCCGACUAGGUCGGGGAGACGGGUUAGAGAGUUUGAGGAUGGUGAGGGGGAAGCGAGGCCUAGGAAGCGGAUGAGGAUGGGGAAUGAGAAUGAGAAUGGGUACUGGGGUACUUAUGAUGCUUCGAGUAGGAUGUCGAGGAGGGAGGUAGUUCUACCUGAUGGAGAGUGGGAGGAACCGGAGGACAAGGGGGAGCGGAACGAGAGUGACCAGAGUGCUAGGGCACAGCGCACAAAUGGUGAUGAUUGGGGCGUCUUCGAUAUGGAUGAUCCGGAGGAUGUGAGGAGGGAGCGCGAAUGGGACAGGGCGAAUGGUAUCGUGCGAGUGAAGAGGGAGAAGUAUAGGGGCGAUGGGACGGCGGAGUAUCCGUUUGAGGUGUGAUUGGUGAGGGAUCGAGAGGGGUUCCGGAUGGAUGGUUAUGGUUGAUAUGCGAGUCGGAUAUGUGGGGAUCUCCUUACUAAGGGCCGAUUCUGAAAGCGGGUUGGAAACAAUGGUCAAGAGGGAGGAAUGAGGGCCUUGGCUGAAUACGGGACAGCGCAACAAGAGAGCGACGCGCUUACUGACGCUGGUGGGCUGCGUUUUAACGUCUUCAAGUCUGAAGAAUUUGGAGGCUCAAGGUCGGAUACUCCUGGAUUGAGCAAUAUGCAUAAGAAUGGGUCGAUGGGACAGAAUUGCGCGGGAUCCAUAUCAGACCUGGACGACUGGCGUGGAUGACAUUCAUACAUACCCAAUUUAGCAGGUCUAGUCUGAAUGAUAUUAUUCAAUGAGAGCCUA